GUGACCGUUACGGGCUAGAGCUCUUUCUCUGUGUUGGUGGUUGAUCGUACCGGCGUGGCUGGCACAGUGAUUAUUACAUUAUGGCUCAGUUCGUUUUUGAAAGUGACCUCAACAAUAUAUUGAAACUGGACACUCCGAUUACGAAUGCUCCUCUGGCGAGAUGGCAGCGGAAAGCGAAGGAGGGCGGCUGCUCUUCAGGCACUGCUUCUGCCAACACCAGCAUCGUAUCGCCCAUGAAGGCAUCCAAUAGAUCUCACAGCUCCAGCAAGACCCCGUCCAAAACCCCAGGUAAAUCCGGAGCAAAGAUGCAGGUUACCCCCUCCAGAGCAGGCGGCGACCGCUUUAUACCCAACCGCAGCACGAUGCAGAUGGAUGUCGCCAGCUUCCUUCUCAGCAAAGAGAAUGAGCCGGUAGACGGCUCUCCCACCAAAAAGGAGCAGCAGAAAGCGUGGGCGAAGAACAUCAAUGGCUUUGAUAUGGAAGAGGCAAAAAUUCUAAGGCUUGGUGGCAAACCUCAAAACGCCCCUGAAGGAUACCAGAAUAACUUGAAGGUGCUUUACAGCCAAAAGACCACUCCUGGCUCUAGUAAGAAAGCUGGCAGAUACAUUCCCUCCAUGCCUGACAGAGUGCUCGAUGCUCCAGAUAUCAGGAACGACUACUAUUUGAAUCUGAUUGACUGGAGCUCGCACAACUUCCUCGCGGUUGCCCUCAAUGACUCCGUGUAUCUCUGGAACCAUACUUCGGGUGAUAUUAUACUGUUACUACAGAUGGAACAUCCUGAAGAAUACAUAUCAUCUGUGUCUUGGAUCAAAGAAGGGAGUUAUUUAGCUGUAGGCACCAGCAAUGCUGAAGUCCAGCUGUGGGAUGUUCAACAACAGAAGCGUCUGCGUAACAUGGUCAGCCACUCCUCUCGCGUUGGCUCUCUGGCCUGGAACAACCACAUUGUAUCCAGUGGUUCUAGAACUGGUCAUAUUCAUCACCAUGAUGUGAGGGUAGCUCAGCACCAUGUAGCCACCCUCACAGGGCACACGCAGGAGGUCUGUGGCCUUAAGUGGUCCCCUGAUGGACGCUAUUUGGCCAGCGGUGCAAAUGACAACUUGGUUAACGUCUGGCCUAGUGUCCAAGGAGACUCUGGAGAGUUUUCACCUGUGCAGACGUUUACUCAACAUCAAGGGGCUGUUAAGGCGGUGGCUUGGUGCCCGUGGCAAUCCAACGUGUUGGCAACUGGUGGGGGAACAAGCGACAGACACAUUAGAAUCUGGAAUGUCUGUUCUGGAACGUGUUUAAACGCCGUCGAUACUCACUCCCAGGUUUGCGCAAUAUUGUGGUCCACAAACUAUAAAGAACUAAUCUCUGGCCACGGAUUUGCCCAGAAUCAGCUAGUGAUUUGGAAAUACCCCACGAUGACACGGGUCACGGAGCUUAAAGGUCACUCGGCGCGGGUGCUUAACCUGGCCAUUAGCCCCGACGGCUGCACCGUGGCUUCGGCAGCGGCGGAUGAAACCCUUCGCUUGUGGAAAUGUUUUGAAGUGGAUCCCGUCACAAAGAAAGAAAAGGAAAAGGCGCGUACCAACAAGAGCAUCAUUCACCAGAGCAUCCGAUAAAAGGAGCCCGCGUCCUGCGAUUUUAAAAUGCAAUCUAAUGUAUAGGUUUAUAUAUUGAAAUAAAUGGUUUAUUAACUUGGGACGGCUGUGUAUCUAAGUACUAGGCCUUCUCAUAAAAUGUGUUUUUAUAAUCUACUCCCUUUAAAUGUUUUUUUGAAUGCAACAUGUAUUUAUUAUUAACUAAACCUCGUUCACAACUUUACACGUAAUUCCAUUAUCACAUGUUCCUCCAGAAUUACCCACUUGUAUGAUACCUUUCCAACGCAUCAUUUUGGGAUGUGUUGCAUUAAAGAGUUUUUAUUA